GCUUUACUUUGGUCCAGAGAAAGAGUGAAGGAUGUGACUGAAGCCUCUUUCGCGUGCCUCAUCGGCCCUGACUCACUACGCCGUUUGUGUACACUCCUACUGCACUUUGCCUACGAAAUGGAGCUCGAUGGAAAUUAGCAAGCGUGUACCUCUUUGAAUUCCCACCCUUACCUUUGGAGAAUGAUCCACCGGCAGGUUAUUUUAUCCCAGAACUUGUACCAAAAUCGGUUCCUGGGCUUGGCGGCCAUGGCAUCCCCAACUCGCAGCAGCCAGACCCGCCAGCGCUGUAAGGAUGCGGUUCGGCACAGCUAUGGCCCUGAGUCCUUUGCUGUCAAUGGCCUGAACCAGGAUGCUUUUAUGUUGGGACUGUCACGCUCCACCAGCGACACUGAUCUGGUCUCUCCAGAUGCACGUUCCACUCUUACCAUCAGCUCUUCCCACUACAUCAUAGGCCAGUCCGAAGACCUGGUGAUCACAUGGGACAUCAAGGAAGAAGUGGAUGCUGGAGACUGGAUUGGGAUGUAUUUAGUUGAUGAGACGUUAUCGGAGAACUUUCUGGACUACAAGAACCGAGGCAUCAAUGGAUCUCACAAAGGACAAAUAGUCUGGAAAAUUGAUUCUAGCUCCCACUUCAGUGAACCUGAGACCCAGGUCUGCUUCAGGUACUACCAUGGUGUCACUGGGGCACUGAGGGCAACCACACCCAGUGUAAUCAUCAAGAAGGGCUCAGCGCCUGUACUGAAGCCAGUGGUCAGUCCUGAAGUCAACCAUGGACUGGGCAACAGAAGACUUAUUAACUUUAACCUGUCAGACCUCCAGGCAGUGGGACUGAAAAAGGGGAUGUUCUUCAAUCCAGACCCGUACCUGAAGCUGUCCAUUCAGCCCGGAAAGCACAGCAUCUUCCCGUCUCUGCCACACCACGGCCAGGAGAAACGUUCCGGAGUGGUCUGCAACACUGUCAACCCUAAGUGGAGCACAGAGAGGUUUAACUUUGUAUCCCUACCCACUGAUGUCCUGGAGAUUGAGGUGAAGGAUAAGUUUGCCAAGAGCAGACCAAUCAUCAAGCGUUUCCUGGGGAAGCUCUCGGUCCCGGUCCAGAGACUGCUGGAAAAACAUGCCAUCGGGGAUCGAGUAGUAAGUUAUUCCUUAGGUCGCAGGUUGCCUACAGAUCAUGUCUGUGGCCAGCUGCAGUUCCGCUUUGAGCUGACCUCCUCCAUUCACCCAGACGAUGAGGAGGUUUCCUUAGUCAUAGAGGCGGCCUGUCCUGAGGGUGGACACGCAGCAGAUGUCAACCAUGCUGCUGAUGCUCUCGAUGAUGACACACUGAGCGUGGGCCCUGACAUGCCUGAUCUUCCCUUGGAUGCUCCUCCUGACCCUGAGACUUUACCUGAAGCAGCCUCCGCACCCAAGGAGGUCCAACCCGCUGAGAAGGAGCAGGGUGAAGCGACGUCACAGGAGGAGCAAGGAAGUGUGGAAGAGGAGACCACGGUGAGAGAGGAACCCUUGACUCCUGAGCCUCAGGUGGAGCAGGCGGAGGGAGAAUCUGGUGAGCAGCAGCAGGAGGGAGGAGAGGAGGGGCAGCAGGAGAAAGGAGAUGUGGAGCAGGGAGAGGAGACUGCAGCCCAAGCCGAGGAGGAGGUUACAGCAGAAGGAAGAGAGGCUGUGGAUGAAGCACAGUCAGAGCCACACUCUGACUGUGCCGUAGCAGAAAUGACUCUCGAUGAGGCCACUGCUGUGGAGGCUCCCCCCGAGGAAAACACUGCACCCCAGGAGGCUCCUGUAGGCCCAGCUGAAGGGGCCCCGCAGGAGGUUGGAGAGGGAGGGGAAAGAAGCUGUGCCCCCUGCUCCUGCCAGUCUCUCUUGUCGAACUACAACUCCAAUGCUCAUUCACGCCGUAAAACCCGCCCCUGCUCCCUCCCGGUGUCAGAGCUGGAGACGGUGAUUGCCUCGGCCUGUGGCGAGCCUGAGACGCCACGAUCCCACUACAUCCGGAUUCACCACCUCCUUCACAGUCUUCCCUCGGCCCAGCACAGACCGCCCAGCCAGGAGGAAGAGCAAAGUGGGGAAGGAGUGAAUACAGACAGCACUGUGGAGACAAACAGCACAUCACCAACACAUAAAACCUCCAAAGAGCAGGAGGGGCAGGAGGAUGAUGAAGAAGAGGAUACAUCACAGUCACCCUCUCAGGUUCUGGGGUGUCCGGGCCCCUGCUGUCGGCGCUCGCUGCCCCGCAGCCUCUCCAUUGAGCGCCUCUCUGAGCUGAAUCAACUUCUGGAAGGUGAAGGAUUUGGAGGAGGCCACACAGCAGUCAGGAGGAUCUCCCCUUCCUGUCCAGAAAGCGAGGAGGGGGAUUCCAGCAAUGGAGGAGGAAGGAGGGCUGGCGGCAGCGCCCACAGAGCUCCAGGUGAAAGCGAGUGCGAGUUUUGUGACACCUCCUGCUACAGCACCUCGUGCUACAGCACCUCCUGUUACAGCACAUCAUGCUACAGCAACUCCGGCUAUGAGGGGAGGGGGCGGUUUUGCAGCCACACCCGCCUGUCUUCGGUGGAGAGUAACCGGCUCUCCAGCAGCACUGUGUUCUCCUCCCAGGAAGAGGAAGAUGAGGAGAGCGCCUUUGAGUCAGUACCUGAUGGAAAUCACGGCCCUGACGGAGAAGAGCAGGGCGGGGCAGAGAGGAGGACGGGCAGAUGGAAGGAGACCAGGAGCGGAGAGCAGGGGGAUCCAGCUGUGGCGGGGCCCAGUGAUCAGAACAGCAUCGGCUCAAGCUUCUCCCCUCCUGUUGGCCAUCUUCCAGUCCUGCGACCCAGCCAUGACCUAAACCAUUUUCCUGCUGCCACUGACCAAGCCUUACCUCCAAACUGGGAAGCUCGGAUUGACAGCCAUGGCAGAGUUUUCUACGUGGACCAUGUCAACCGGACCACAACCUGGCAGAGGCCGAGCCAUGCUACCAAAUGUAACCAUGGCAUACCUCGCUCAGGGUCCACACAUCAGAUGGAGCAGCUCAACAGAAGGUACCAGAACAUACAGAGGACUAUGGCCACAGAAGAGAGUGGAGGGAGUCAGAGGACUGAGCGGAGCAGCAGUACUGAAACUGAUCCUGACUCCACUCAGACAGGCCCCGCCUCCCCUGUCAAUCAACAGAAGAUCAGCCAUCUCCUCCAGUCUCCUGCUGUCAAGUUCAUCACACACCCAGAAUUUUUUACUGUGUUGCACAGCAACUAUGCAGCGUACCGGAUGUUCACCAGCAGCAGCUGUGUAAAGCACAUGAUCCUGAAGGUGCGCCGUGAUGCCAGAAACUUUGAGCGCUACCAACAUAACAGGGACCUUGUGGUCUUCCUCAACAAGUUUGCAGAUAGUCAGCUGGAGCUGCCAAGGGGUUGGGAAAUCAAAACAGACCCCCAGGGCAAGUCUUUCUUUGUAGAUCACAACAGCCGAGCCACGACCUUCAUCGACCCUCGGAUACCUCUGCAGAAUGGCCGGCUGCCUGGCCACCUCGCCCACAAACAGCACCUGCAGAGACUACGCAGCUACAGCGCCGGGGAGGCCUCUGAUGUGUCCAGGAGUCGAGGGGCGUCUCUGAUGGCCAGGCCAGGAAACAGCUUGGUAGCUGCUAUACGAAGUCAGCAUUAUGCUGACUCACAGCAGCUGAGCGCUCCAUCUUACAAUGACAAGAUAGUGGCAUUUCUUCGACAGCCAAACAUAUUUGACUUGUUACAGGAGCGACAGCCCAGCCUGACUAGGAACCAUGCACUGAGGGAGAAGAUCCACUACGUCAGGACUGAAGGAAAUCAGGGAGUGGAGAAGCUGUCAUGUGAUGCUGACCUGGUCAUCCUGUUAAGUUUAUUUGAAGAGGAAAUCAUGUCAUGUGUUCCACCUCACCCCAUCCAUCACAACCUCAGCUUCUCUCCUCGCUGUUCCCCCGCCUCGUCGCCACAGAACUCUCCCGGCUUGCAGAGGGCCAGGGCUCCAGCUCCUUACCGCAGAGACUUUGAAGCCAAACUGCGAAACUUCUACAGGAAAUUAGAAGCUAAAGGAUACGCCCAGGGGCCAGGAAAGAUCAAGUUGCUCAUCAGGAGAGAACAUCUACUGGAAGGAACCUUCAACCAAGUGAUGGCAUAUUCACGCAAAGAGCUGCAGAGGAAUAAACUCUAUGUCACGUUCCUUGGGGAGGAGGGGUUAGAUUACAGCGGUCCUUCCAGAGAGUUCUUCUUCCUCUUGUCUCAGGAGCUAUUCAAUCCAUACUACGGCCUGUUUGAAUACUCAGCCAAUGACACCUACACCGUGCAGAUCAGCCCCAUGUCAGCGUUUGUUGAGAACCAUCUGGAAUGGUUCCGUUUCAGUGGUCGCAUCCUGGGCCUGGCUCUGAUCCAUCAGUAUCUGCUGGACGCUUUCUUUACUAGACCGUUCUACAAGGCCCUGCUCAGACUGGCGACGGACCUGUCUGAUCUGGAGUAUCUGGAUGAGGAGUUUCAUCAGUCUCUACAGUGGAUGAAAGACAACGACAUCACCGACAUCCUCGACCUAACCUUCACUGUCAACGAGGAGGUGUUUGGCCAGGUAACGGAGCGUGAGCUAAAGUCCGGUGGCGCCAACCUCCAAGUCACUGAGAAGAACAAGAAGGAUUAUAUAGAGCGAAUGGCCAAGUGGAGGGUGGAGAGAGGAGUGGUGCAACAGACGGAGGCGCUGGUCCGAGGCUUCUACGAGGUGGUGGACUCCAGGCUUGUGUCGGUAUUCGAUGCACGGGAGCUGGAGCUGGUCAUUGCUGGGACGGUGGAGAUUGACCUCGGUGACUGGAGAAACAACACCGAGUAUAGAGGAGGUUACCAUGACGGCCACAUAGUGAUGCGCUGGUUUUGGGCUGCAGUGGAGCGCUUCAACAAUGAGCAACGCCUCCGUCUGCUGCAGUUUGUCACGGGGACAUCCAGCGUUCCCUACGAAGGCUUUGCCGCCUUGCGAGGUUCGAAUGGCCUCCGGCGCUUCUGCAUUGAGAAGUGGGGCAAAGUGACAUCGCUACCCAGAGCUCACACCUGCUUUAACCGCCUCGACCUGCCUCCCUACCCUUCGUACACCAUGCUGUAUGAGAAACUGCUCAUUGCUGUGGAAGAAACCAGCACAUUUGGUCUGGAGUGAGACAGACAAAUCAAACACUGCACGCCUCUAUGUCCAACACUGGCUGGGCCAAAAUGUGAAAGGAGCGCAGCCUAACCUGUCUUAAAGAUCCCGGAAUUGUACUGGAAAUGUUUCUGAUCAUGUUGGAUACACAGUAUGUUUGUCACUGUUACGGUUCUGUGCGUCAGAGUCUGUCACUCAUGAGGAUCUUUACAAUUGCACGCAACACUCACGGCGUCACAGCACUUAUUUUUCUAUAAAUCAUUAGAAAAUAAGAAACAAUUACAAAGACUUUUUUAUAAUUAAUAUUGAUCAGUCUGUGUGUACCUGAAGAAUGAGUCUGUCAAAUCGAAUCAAAAACUUUUGUUGCAUGUACCACAAUUCAUCCGACAAUGAAAAUGCUUUGGCUAAUAAAAGCAAAAGCAAAGUGUUUAUACUCAGUACAGCAACAGGUGAAAAGUAAUGUACAGAAAUAAGAACAAUAUGAGCAACACAGUAACACUGAAAACAGUAAUUUUCCAUAUGACAAUAACAACAGCAAUGUGCUUGGAGACAUGCUGGAAGUUAUCUUUAAUAGACAGAAAAUAUUUAAAUAAUAAUUUAAUAACCAUCACAACCUACUGUAGAAAGAAAAUCGGAAAGAGAAAUGAAAGAAAUGGGUUAAAACCGUUAAUAGAAUUAAAUACUAUUAGUUACUCUAAAAAAUGUUACAGUCAUUGCAAACUUUGAUCCAGAAAUCUUCUUUUUAUCAAAAGAUGUAUGCAAAGAUUGUUACACAAAUCCUCAGGUGGUUUCCUGCUGUGGACAUGUAGAAUGUCUAAUGCAAGUUUAAAUUCAAGAGAAAAACACCUCAAUCAGUUUAAUGCAAAGUUUAGUAGCCCUGAAGCCAAAGGAACAAUUGUCUGGGUUUUUUGUUGUUGUUUUUUUUAGUGGAGAUACUACAAAUACCAAUAUGUAUCUGUCUGGACUGCAGCAGCCCAAAAGGAACUUGCCUGAGGACUUAACAGAACUGCAGCACAAUGGGAAAUAAGAGGUUAAGGCAAAUAUAUGACGAGCUGCAGACAAUUAAGAGAGAAAGACUGAUUAUCACUCAAAAAACUCCCAACAGGUAAAGAAAACUGCACUGAAGACAAGGUGAAUAACACAUGCUCAGAAACUCAGAAACUACUGAACAUCUGGAAAUGAAAUGAAUGUCAAUAAUGGGCAAGCCACAAAGCAGUGAAGUUUCUGUUUCAAGCAAUGUGAAGUGUAGUCUGGUACACUGGAAAUCAAGAAAUAUACAUUCACAGCAUCCAGGCUGUACUCGCAUAAAAAGACAGGCCCUCCCUGCAAUUAAAGACUCCGCAGUACUAACAUGCUUCUGAUACUCAUCCUGGAAGUCCUGCAUCUGCGCCCACAGCUUCCGGUACUGUGCCUCCCUUUAAAGUGAUGACAACAACUGGACACAGACACUCCACAGACACUCUAUGUUGCAUAGAGCUCAGUGAUGAGGCAAUGAUGUCAAGUAUUGCGAAUGCAAAAGCAGCCAUCAAUUCCAGCACAAGGGCUUCUGGGAUUCCUUUUGUGGAGACUAAGGGCGAUUACGUCAAACCAAGCUACGUGAGCUCCGUGAUUCGUGACUCUUCACGACAGAAUUUAUACUUGGACGCUCUCCAGAUGGCUAAGGAGGACUAAAGUGGGAUUCUGCUUUCAGCCUGUGGUCUGGCUGUUUGAAUGGGAGCUUCUCACACUCUUGUUCGAGUCUUCCACAAACGAAGUUGUCAUCUCUGACCAUGCACCAUUGGUGCCGCUCUUUGUAUGGAGCCGGUACUCCAGUAUUUAACUCUUUGCUGUCUCAAACACAGUGACCAGUGCAAGAGCAGCGUGUGGAAUCUCCAAUGGCCUCAGACCAAUGUAACAGAUCCCUGAACUGAUGUGGCCCUACUGGUAGAAAUGUGUGAUGUGUAAAGGGACAAACAGGUGUAACAUAUGCAAUAGUUGAGACCUUUACUCCAAUCUGUUCCACAGUCUGCCAUAUUCUUUUAGACACUGACUGACUGCAGUGCACCCUUGACAUCUCCAGCCCCUUGCCUGCAUCUCUAGCUGAGUGAUGAAGCUGUGCCUCAGUUACUUUCUGCCUCAUACAUGCCCUGUGGGGGUAGUACUGACAAAAGGAAAGUCAUUUGCCUUGGGGUUUUUUUAAGUCAGGUUAAUUGGUAAUAGUCACUGAUUACUGUAUUUACAAUGGAUGUAGCUUUGUGGGCAGAUAACUAGCCUGAUAUAAGCAAUGCCAAAUAUAAACAGAACCAGGAGGCAUCAAAGCUGGCUGGAAAUCUGACACAUUUUCGCCGGAUUUGACAGAUACACUUGUAGCUACUCUUCCCAAGCUGUAGGCUUUUGUCAACCUAACUGUUGAAUGAGUUGUAAGGCUAACAGAGAACUAAUGGCUUACACAUCAAAGUGUGUUUUACCAUUUCAAGUACAGCUACAAUGUUCAUAAAACUUGAGAAAAGUUGGCAAAAAUGCUUUCUUGUGGAGUUGCGUAUGUUUGUCGCAGGCUAGACACAAAUCUCCAACCUUGCUGUCAGUGGUCAAAGCACCAGGUUUCUGAAUGUUUCUGAAACCCAUGACUGACAUCACGACGUGCACAAUAUUGUAGUCCAUUUACAUCUCCCGGAAAUUUUUUUUGUAAACUUUAUUAAUUCCCAGUUAAAGCCGACGACUCCAGUGGUGGAACAGUUCAGUUAACGAAUGAACUGGAAACACUUCUGAAUCAUGGAGUGUAGUUUUUGUUUGAUCCACUUCUGAUUAAAGAAUGUUUGUCUCUGAUUUUUAUUAUUGCUCCCCUCUAAAGACAAUUCAAGGUUUGAACCAAACUGUGCUUUUAGAGAAUUGUUACAUACCUAACAAAUGCUAGGUGUUUGCAGGGAAGACAACUGUGUGCAAUGAGAAAGAUGAGAUCUCUUGUUCUGCUUCUAAGUGUUGGGAUUAAUUGUUCAGGUUUUUGUGAAUCUAUAGUUCAUACUGAAGCCAGUUGCACCAGCUGUUCAUGAAUUCAAACUUAGCCCUGUGUUUGCUAAGUGGCACUUUAUGCAAGAUGAAACUACAACUGGUUGCAGCACAAUGACAGUUUCUGCACAGAGAUUAGUUGUUACUAAAUAUUUAUACCCACUAACCACCAUGUGUAACUGGCAUACAGCUAAGUGAACAAAGCAACAAAACCAACAGCUUAAAAAGAAAAAGCUAACAUGAAAGUCUUUAAAUUCACUUCCUACUACCUGGCAGGCAUUUUGGGAAUUCUCCUGGGAGUUAUUUGGAAUCAUCCAAGGCCGUUUAAAAUAAUUGGGUAAAGAGCUGUGAAUGCAAAAAAAGUUUAAAAGGUCUGACAACUUUGCCCCAAAAUAAGGUUUAAAAGCCAUUAUUUUUAUUUUAAGCAUAGAAGGUACACAACAGUUUUCAAAGCACAAACAUAAUACUAAUACUUGGCAGAUUUAGGGGUGGCUGUGGAGUGAGAACGUGUUGCUGUGGCUCAAGAAGUAGAGCGGGUCAUCUAGCAGUUAGACGUUCGAUCCCGUGCUCCUCCGGUCUGCAUGUGGGAGUAUCCUCGGACAAGAUACUGAACCCCAAUUUGUCCCUGAUGCAUCCGUGUGAGCAUGUCGAUAAAUGUUAGCUAAAUAGCAACGCCUGUUCCUAUGUGAGCAGGUAGGUUUGGCUGUCUUUCUUACCUUAGCAAAUCAAAUCAUACUUUAAAGAGUGCAACUUGUAUUUACUCAGGCUGUCUUUGUCUAACAUUUGCUUGAUGAUCUGGAACCUGUCGUGUGACAAAUAUGCAAAAAUAAAUAAAUGAGAAGGCAGCACAUACUUAAAUUGCAUGGAUACAGAGAAAAUGGAGCAACAGAGUGUUUAGGAAUACAGUCCCUAUUAGUCUACCUGAGCGCCCUAUAUGAAUUCCCCAAAGAACUGGACAAACUCAAGUAAUUUCCAGCAUAAGGAUUGUUUUUAACUCAUGAACACAGGCAUCCAAUAUUGAUUUUGACCCUUGCAAACAGAGAUUUCUCUAGGUGCUCAGAGUCUUUUGAUGAUAUUGUGUACUCUUGAUGAGAUAUUGAGCGUCUUCAUAAUGUUACGCUGAGGAACGCUGGUCUUAAACUGUUCCACAGUUUGUAAAUGUGCUUUUUUUGCAGAUUGGUGAACCUCUGCAUAUCUUCACUUCUCAGAAUAUUUAUUUAAAUUAUACACAGUGUCCGUGUAAAGACAUUAAGUCGUCACUUACUUGCGGCUUUUGACAAUGGUACAGCUACCUCCGUGAGAGUGUUCUUGACUUGACUUGUGUUUUUCUUAACCAAGAAAAUAUUUCUGUCAUUAUCCACUGGAAUUUUUUGGACAAAAAUCUGUCAUUCUUCAAAACCAGUUUACCUAACUAAAUGAAGAGUUGGUGCAACUCAGUCAGGCCGGUUUCCAAAAAGCUUUAGGUGGAUAGCCACCAGAGGGUGGUGGUAAAGUAUACAUAAAAAUAUAUUCAAUCACAUUGUUAGUUUAGUCAGAUUUGCAGUGUAAGCAGCAGACGUUGGUUUAUGUCUAGACUGGGUUUAUGGGUACAGAGCAUCAAACUUUGACAUAGGAAAUAAGAAUUUCUGUUUAAUGUUUGUGUUUAGGGUUAAUAAAAUGCAAUCUGUCGUUACUUAAUUGCCUAAUCCCCACCAUACCCUUACCCAGUGACAAUCUUUCCCUAACCUGGCCCUCACUGGUCUGUGUCCUGCUGUGUGCAGAUGUAGGUAUUUAAAGCAAGAUAUAUUUUUUUUUGUCAUUGUUGCCACUCUACAUUGUCUUACUGUGCUUCUCUAUCGUCCACCCAAAGCAUGCUGGGAUAGAAUCCACCUUCUGGUCCAGAGUAGGACUGAUGUGUGUGUCAAUUGUCCACAUCUUAUCGUGUGAAAGAUUUUCACCACAGCGGAACUUUUCACCUUCAUGAACCAUCAGCAACUCAAGUAGACGUGUGUGAGAUGAGUUGGCUGAAAUCACUUUCCAGGUAUCACAUUUGGGGCUAAUUUGGGCUGUCGGGUCACUGACAGCCAAUCUAGGGUUAGAGUUAGGGUUGGUUAACAUGCGCCCCUUUUUGUACAGUUUGUGCUUGCUUAGAACACCCAGAAUGAUUGUAAUGCCAAAACUAUGUGACUUCAUUGAAAACGUGUCAUCUGCUAGUGUCUGACUUUUUGCCUAUUUAGCAUGCAGCUCAAACUCAACCCAAGCCUAACCCUAACCCCCAAUGUGUCACCAGUGACUUGGUGGAAGAGUUUAAGGCUCAGCUGUGGUGCCAGCAAAUGUGGUGUGAAUCAGAUAUGGCCCAGAUAUCACAGAAUGCUGAACUUGUAGCCAAACUCACCCUGGGUCAACACUGUUGUUACUCACAAAUCAACUACAUGUCAAAGUUUGACACAUAGCAAAGAUCCCUGACUUCAGCGGCCUGUCAAAUUUUAGGCUUCUUUAUUCCCAACAUGGUGUGAUGUUUGAAAAGCUGACUAUAUCUCCAGAAUUUCACUUUUUUUAUUUUCAUUUAAAAUACUGUCAUGAAUUCGCUUCCGUAUAGAGGAGAAAAACUGCAGUGAUAGGUUCCACUAAAGAAGAAUCCAAAGAACUUUGACACAAAUUUGAGAUUUUUGGAGAUUACCCACACUUCUGUGAGUCAGAUCGAUAAUUACUCCAGUUUUUGUUUGGUGUGGCAACAUCUUGUCCACACAUCCCAACACACACAAGGACAAGGCUGUGAUUUAGUUGCUCUCCUCAUCCUUUUUCUACAAUCGUUUGUACUCUUAUUUAUACAGUAUUGUAUUUAUAAGCAAGGGGAAGUCCUGAAACUUUCCUUGAAUGUUUUCUUUCUAUUUUAUUUUGUAAUCAUGUAAUUAGGAGGAUCAGUGGAAGAUUUUGCCUUUGAAUUUGAAGCCUUUGGGUUCUUAUUUGUGUCUUUUCUAUUCUAAAAUAAGCUGGCUGAUUUUUUUUGGUUUUCUGCGGGGAAACUGUGAUGUUUGUUCCCAUUUGGCUCCUCUUUUUCUGUUCACCACUUUUGCUGGUGGCAUUAUUGAGGUUAAUGUCAGCUGUGGCUCACUCU